GAUGUCUCGCGAGAGCCGCGCGGCGGUCGCGGUCUCGCGUGGCCCGGCCCGUCCCGCCCCCGGGUCCCUGGGCCCGCGGCGGCGCCGCUCCCGCUGCUGCGGCCCCGAAAUGGGUCUGCUCUCAGAAGAUGUGAUGCAGUAGAUGUGGUGCUUAGUCAUGGCAUCAGAACUGUGCAAAACAAUCUCUGAGGCAAAGCUGGAAAGGCACAAGAACUUGUUCUUAAACUACCGAAAUCUCCAUCACUUCCCUCUGGAGUUACUGAAAGAUGAGGGGCUGCAGUACUUGGAGAGACUUUACAUGAAAAGAAAUUCCCUGACUACAUUGCCAGAAAACCUUGCACAGAAGCUUCCAAACCUCGUGGAAUUGUACCUUCAUUCAAAUAACAUAGUUGUUGUACCUGAAGCCAUUGGCUCCCUGGUUAAGCUGCAGUUUCUGGACCUGAGUGACAAUGCCCUGGAGAUUGUGUGUCCCGAGAUCGGCCGCCUGAGGUCCUUGCGGCACCUGCGCCUGGCCAACAACCAGCUGAAAUAUUUACCUGCAGAGUCCUGAAAAAUGCUGCUGAAGUGGGAAAAAUGUAUUUAUUUAACAGCCGUUGCCAUCGUAUCAAGAAAAUAUUGAACUUCUUUGAGAAGACACAAAAUGCCAGUGACAACUGUCAUUAUGAUCAGAUGAUGUUUCUUCUAAUUUUUCACAACAGAAAGGAUUCCAGUCCUUUCUUCCUUUCUUUUCACCCAAUAGCCGCAGUCUUAUAUUUUCUAAAAAGACACAUGUCUAGUAGCUUUGCCUAUGGCAGUUCUAUCUCACUGUGACAGUAGAUAACAAAUGUUUGUCUUGCUAGUUUAUUAUAAAAAAGCAAAAUUUAUUCAAAGUAAAUGUGACACAAAGUCAGAAAAAGUUGACCAUAGACAGAUUUUGAAUGAUUUUUUUUUUCUUCUAAAUACUUCGAUAAGCAAAUACAAUAUUAUUAUUCUUCUAUCACCCUUACAUCUGUUCAGAUAAGAUGAUGAUGAUUUUCAAAUACUCUUUUAAUUUUAGUUUUUAAUUUUUCUCUCGUCUAUUUGCAUUUUCUGAUCUGCAGAGAUGAUAAAAAUGUAAGGCUAUUGUUUCAAAAAACUGGUCUAACUUAAUCUAACAGGAUUAGCCCUUGGCUCUAUUUUAACUAAUUUCUCAAUGUGACCUUCAUAUGUUUUAAGUUCACAUUGUUUGUUCUCAAGAAAUGUACUGCAAAUGCUCCUUGAAGUUUUGGGUGCAGAAACUCGCUGUCCUUUCCCUGCACUUUUCUAGACUACUUAAAAAAAGUCUAAGGAUGGUUAUGAUUAGAAAGAAAAAAAAAUGUAUAUGACUAUGUAAAUGCUCUGGAAUGAAAUUAGAUAAACCUGUUAAACAUUAUGACCCAGGGCCAA